CGAGCAGGAUCCAAACUUCCGGUGCCUGCAGAGUGCAGAGCAGCGCGGCGCAGAAGGAGGCUGCACAGUCAGAGGCUGCAGGUCGGACCGCGGCCCGGCGCAGCCAUGGUGAAGAUCAGCUUCCAGCCCGCCGUGGCCGGUAUCAAGGCCGACAAGGCCGACAAGGCUUCGGCCUCGGCCUCGGCCCCGGCCCCCGGCCCGGCCGCUGAGAUCCUGCUGACGCCGACUCGGGAGGAGCGGCCCCCCUACCACCGCCACAAGAAGGGGGGCUCUGUGGGCAGCGUGUGCUACCUGUCCAUGGGCAUGGUCGUGCUGCUCAUGGGCCUGGUGUUCGCCUCUGUCUACAUCUACAGAUACUUCUUCCUCGCUCAGCUGGCCCGAGACAACUUCUUCCACUGCGGCAUCUUCUACGAGGACUCCCUGUCCUCCCAGGCCCGCACGCGGAUGGAGCUGGAGGAGGACGUGAAGAUCUACCUGGAGGAUAACUACGAGCGCAUCAACGUGCCGGUGCCGCAGUUCGGCGGCGGCGACCCUGCGGACAUCAUUCAUGACUUCCAGCGGGGUCUGACAGCCUACCAUGACAUCUCCCUGGACAAGUGCUACGUCAUUGAACUCAACACCACCAUUGUGCUGCCCCCUCGCAGCUUCUGGGAGCUCCUCAUGAACGUGAAGAGAGGGACCUACCUGCCACAGACGUACAUCAUCCAGGAGGAGAUGGUGGUCACAGAGCAUGUCAGUGACAAGGAGACCCUGGGCUCCUUCAUCUACCACCUGUGCAAUGGGAAGGACACCUACCGGCUGCGGCGCCGGGCUACUCGGAGGCGAAUCAACAAGCGGGGGGCCAAGAAGUGCAACGCCAUCCGCCACUUCGAGAACACCUUCGUGGUGGAGACGCUCAUCUGCGGGGUGGUGUGAAGGCCUCCCCUCCGUCUGGCCCCACUCCCACCCGCCUGUCCUCUUCGCCUACCGCUCUCUGGCCCCCCUCCUCCCCUCCCCUUGCUUGUACUUUGGACGCCAUCCAUAUCCGUGACGUGUCUCCACAGUCCUGCCCAGCCCUGCCCGCCUCCCUGCACCGGAGCUGCUGAUGCCCCGGGCCUGGCCCGCAGAGAGGGCGCCCUAAGGUGGUUUCUGUGACCACCUGAAAGGUGGUCCUCAGGGGCCGGCCCACAGCCGCACUGGCAGUCCACGGGAAGGACUGGGUGGGGGGCUGGGCACGCGGGGGUCCUGGGCUAGGGGACAGGGUGGGGGAGGGGUGAGAAGUGGGGUUCAGAAAUGCCCGCACAGUUGGGAAAGUCCCGAAGGUUUUUCCUUGCACAGCACACUCCCGGGGCCCAAUUCCCUGGUCUGGACUGAGAAUGGGGGGCUGUGUCCAGGGAUGGGCCCGCCCAGAGCACAAGGGAAGGUGGCUGUCCUGGGGGUCCCCCAGGACUCGGGUCAGUGCCUUCGGCCCCCCAGACGGAGCCUGGAGCUUGGGGGUGGGAGGAGUUUGUCAAGCACAAUCGUUCUCCGAAUAGAACCAAAGAGGGAGGAGCCUGGGCCGCCAGCGCCGCCCCCAGGCGGAGCAGCCUGGGCCGCAGCCACCGGCACACGGGGAGGGCCGCGGAGGGUCGCUUCUCACUCUGCCCUGUGGGCGGAGCGCAGCACGGACCCGAGACGGGCUGUGGGUCUCGCUGAGGGGUGGGGGCUCCCUGCUUCCUCCGAACUGCCAGCUGUUUUAGAAGAUCCUGCGGAGAGGAGGGAGCGCCACCUGGUACCUGCACCCCCUGCCUCUUUGUUCUGCAGCCCGCCUCCCCCGCCGCCCCCUUGGGGGGACGCACCCUUUUCCUUUUCCUGCUCACUUUUGCAUGUUUUUACUGAUCGUUCGAUAUGCUAAGCGCUCUGAGCCCUGAGCCCUGAAGAGGGGUGCUUGACGCCUCCAGUCAGACUUAGGUGCUCCCUGGAGAUUAGACUCUUCCACGCUUUGUAUACUUUCUCAAUUAGAUCUCUUUUCAGAAGCGUCUGUAG